ACCAAGAAAACUUGAUGUACCUUGUAAUUCAACAAAGAAAAUGAUUAUAGAGGAAGCUAAAAAAUUGUUGGAAAAAAUGGAACGUCUGGAAAAGGUGAAUGCAUUGACAUGGAAUUCGACCUUGGAAGUUUUAAAGGUGACUGCAUUCCAGAAACAGAUGGUGAUGCCGAGCCUUUUACAGUACAAGGGUACAUAGACAGCAAAAAAUUAACUACUUGUAGACUUAACCUCAAAUCAAGAAAAACUAAACUACUUGAUGAAGAUUUGGAUUUAGAUAAAGAUUCUGAAGAUGAUGAUAUUCAGUAUAUCAAUUCGUAUCCAGCUGUAAAAAAAGAAGCAGGAGAAAAGAAAGUGGAGACAGCUGACAGUGGUGAUGGAGACCUUACGGGUUCCGUUUUUGAUGAUAGUACAGCUUCAAAUCUCAUUGGAUCAUCAGAAGAGCGCCAMAAAAUACGCYAAGAACAAGAUCAGUUAUUCCAAGAGUCUCUUGCUUCUGAUCAAGAAAAGGAAAACAACAAGAGAGAAGUGAAAGAAAAAGAAGAUAAAGAGGAAAAGAGACUUGAAGAUAUUAGAUUGGCAAGGSUUACCAGAGUACCACCACAGCCUGACCAAGGGACCCCCCAAGUAAAGAURGCAGUGAACCAUAUUGCCAUGGGUAAAAUAAUCCGCUCUUUUCCCAUUUUUGAGAGUAUCAUGGCUGUUUACGACUGGAUUGGUUCACUUGAUGUUUUUCCUGAAAACUUCAUUCUUUAUKAUUGCCAAGGAAAAGCCAUACCUCCUUCAGAUCCAGUGAAAAAUGUGGAAAACUGCACACUAUAUAUGGAAGUGUGUGAUACACCAAUUGCUGUAUGCUGUGAAGAUCCAGAAGUGACAUUUAAAGGGUUUGCCAAUACAAGUAUUCUUGAUAAUGAUGAUACCAUUCCUGCAUCACCUUCUAGUACCAUUACAACACCAACACCAACAGCAGAGCAACAGGAAAGACAUCCUGCACCAUCUCAUCAAGAUGUAAUGUUCUGGGGCCUGUUGUACAAAGCCUAGAUAGCACUAUCCAG